AUGCGACAGAAUGAAAGUGAACGAAUUGAUGAUGGCUUAAUUGAUCGAUGUGUUGAAGUUGGUGUUGGAACAAUUGGAACUUCAAGUCUUGUUCAACUGAUAGGUGUCGCAUACAAUCUUUACAAGCAACUUGAGCCAACACCAACAAAAAAAAUUCGUGAAGUUGUAAGUGAAACAAAAUGUGCCGAUUUGGAUGAAUGGAAAGAAAAAACAUAUGCUACUUUUGUUGCAAUACCACCAGUAAAAAUUGAUGUGAAGUACUUCAGAUCUCUACAUUGCAUCAUUGCGUUCACUUACAGCGAUUUUCACAUGUUGAAAGAAAAGGAUGUUUGUUUGUUUGUUUUUUAA